CGGUGAAGAAAAUCUCAUGAAGACAAGUACGUUUCCAAACGCAAACCUAAACGCAACAGGAGCUUCAAAAGCUCUUGAUCUGGAACAUGAGGUGAUUUCAUCUGCAUAUUUGCGUGUCGGUGAUAUCUUCGAGAUACCAGAAGGCGGAGUAGUUCCGUGUGACUGUAUUCUUGUGGAAGGCACGGCAUUGAUUGAUGAGGCGGACGUUACGGGAGAACCACUGCCUAUCUCGAAAGUACCAGUCUCCGACACUAGCACAGACCUUUUAGACCUGAAAAAACACGGAAAACGACACUUUUUACAUUGCGGCACGGUCGUGAUCCAAAGCGAAGGGCCAACAAUGCCGCCCGUGAGUCGACGCAAUAAAAAGAAGUUGAAGUUUAAACCUCCGGGCACUGCUAAGACUAGAACUUCGUCGCAAAUCAACGAAAUGGAUGAUCAAAAUGCGACCCAAAGUGUCAGACCGACUACAACCACACGAACUUCCUCGACCACUGCAGUUUCUAGUAGUAAAUCCGGCGCAGCUGGUGCUCUGGCCCUUGUCGUGAAUGUCGGCUGCGACACGAAUAAGGGACAAAUGAUCGCGAAAAUCAUGUUUCCGCAAGCAGUGAAAUGUCAAUUUUCUGACAAUCUCUUCCCCCUCUUGGUCGGCUGGUCCGCCAUUCUGAUGACAUUCUGUCUGCUUCCUGGCAUCGUGACUGCAAUCAACAACAAGGCCUUGGCGUUCACGGCUAUGGUGGAUUCCAUCUACGCGACGUUUGUUGUGGCUUUCACGGUGUUGAACCCCGUUCUUUUGAGUGGCUUGAUGGCAGCGCAAACUGCAGCUGCGAAACGAAUGGCUACGGAAUCGCAGUUCAAAACGCGAACUCUCGACUACGCCCGAAUCAGGACCGCUGGUGACCUGUCCGUUCAAUGCUUGGACAAAACCGGGACGAUCACAGAAGAAGGCUUGAAUCUAUGCGAGAUCCAACCCAUCGCGUCUGGAGGCGAUCGCGGAGCGACGACUACGACGUUUUUCCGUCCUGGCGUGGUGGAAAUGGGCGAAAAGCGCUCUAAGCGGUUACUUGAAGGUCCGAGGAUUCUAGGAGAAACCGCGAAAACGGGACCAUCUGAAAGCGACCGCUUACUUGAAAUGGCUCUUUGCACCUGUCACACAGUGCAGAAGAACGAGCAAGGUGAACUUUUUGGGAAUGGGGUAGAGGUUGAGAUGUUCUCGUUUGCUUCUGGGCGACGUCGAAAUGCUGGAUCUGCACAUGAAGAGGACACAGGUGAACGGAUAGACUUCCGUUUGCGCAAUGUCUUUGCUAAUAAUGGAGACGGGGGACGAGGUGAUGACGGGAAGAUAGAUAGCAGC